AGGCAACAGAGCGAUGGCUGGAGACUGUGUAUGAGACGAAGGCAGCAAAUUGUAGUUUCCGUGAAUUGAUGUGUUUUAUUAGCACGUCUAUCCCACGGAGAACUAUUUGUGGGCUUUUCUGGUGGAUUUAAAAUGGAAUCAAAGUAUGCAUCACUUGUGAAGGAAGCCAUUGGGCUCCUCAACAGGUUUAAAGCUGGCAGACAGUGUUUGGAUGACUUCAUACAAGAUGCUGUAAAGGAUCUGCAGAAUUUGGAUAUGAUGCAGAGAAAGUUCAUACUUGAUGUCGUUUCUGGGUGUGUUGAGCACAAGAAGCUGCUGGAUGUAGUAAUCAAUGCUUUCUAUGGCCAGCACGUAAAAUCCGUGUCCAGAGGUGAACGCAGCCAGUUUGUUGUUAUCUGUUACCUGGCCACAUUUCUUCUUGAUGACCUUGGGCUUCAGUGUUUUAGCAGCAUUGUUAAAUCUCUGGACACCAAGAAAAUGCACAAAUUUUUAGCUUUCUUCUUCUCAAAUCUCACCACAUGGAUACAGGACGAGUGGAAUAACAUCUAUGAUGCUGACUUCGUAGAGAAACACUGGAUUGGCCCCCUGCUCAGAUGGCGCCCUGAGAUAGAUAUUCUCAUGGACCAGCUUGCUGUUAAAAUCUCUCAAGGGAAUCAACUCAAGAAAGCUGCAACCAAAACCACUGAACCCCAGGAGUUCGCCCUCACCAAACCUAAACCUCGACCUCUACCUAUGCCCGAGCUCAUCCCACAGCAGACAAAAUCCAAACCAGUACCAAGCAGCACCUACAAAGCUCCAAAGGAGAUGCAGAUAAUAGAGGAGAACAAACAGAGGAACCAUCAAAAGGCUCAGGAACUUCUGUAUGAAGCAAAUAUCAAACAGUUCAGAUGUGGAAACCCAGAGAAGUCUGAGCACACAAAGAGAGCGAUGUCCAAGAUCGAGGAAGAUUUAGAUUCGAGGCUCAAACCGAAUUCCUUUCAUUCCCGUGGACUUCCUUCCAGUAAUAAUGCUGUCAGCUGUCCCAUCAAACUCAACAAUGCAGCCAUUCUAAGGAAGGAGGCACUGUAUAAGCGUUGGGUGGACGAGGAGGUCCAGAGAAUUGAGCGACUGGCCCAAGGGGAGCGCGAUCUCUCAUCUUUCCUGCAGUGGCAAAAGGAGAUGCGUGAGAAGGACCUUCAGGAGCAGUUGCCCAAGAUUGAGCGUCGACACCUGGAGGCGUGCAUCAGUGAACAGCAGGCAGCGCUGGCCCGCAAACGCAUAACGGAGCGCAACCAGAAGGCUGCACAGCUGAAGAAAGAAGAGACAGCUCAGCUGAUGCAAAGAUAUGCCGAGAAAAGGUUGCAGGAGGAAAAGGGAAUAAGAGAUUUGGUGCAACAAGUGGCAGAAGGCCACAAGAAUUCAAAGGCAGCUAAAGAGAAGUUACAGAAGCUGAAGCAAAGCAUAGUGAAAGAAGUCUCUGAACAAAACCAGGAGCUCCUUCGUCAAGCACUGGAGGAAGCACAGUCAGAGAUGAGCCGCAAAUUUGAAGUAAUCCACGAAAUUCACUGCAUUGAGUCACUUCCUCGCAUGAGAUUCAAGAAAUUUGCUGACACAGACACUGUAGGCCAUGAGCUGCUGGGAGAAAUGUCCCUGUAUGAGACGAAGGAGCGGCUGGCUCAUCUGAAGAACAAGCAGCAAGCAGAGCAGGAGGAGAAACGGAUGCAUAUCCUGGAGGAGAAGCAGAGACAGAAGCAGCAGCUGAUGGAGAAACUAGAUGCCAUCAACCUCCACAGCAGAGUCCUGGCACAAGCUGCUGCCAUCAGGAAAGAGAAGAGGGGAGCUGAGAAGGAGUUUAUUCAGCAGAUGGUGGCUCAGGAUGAGAUGGUUUUGACUCUGAAGAAGAUACUUGAAGAGAAAAAGCAAGAGCGUCAAAAACUGAAGCAAAAUGAAAGCAGCAAGGUCAAAGCCUCUAAACAGACUGGAGAAUGCACCGUCAGCAACACAGGGACACACAGCCAGAGAAGUGUGAAAAGCUGGGAGGAACUGGAGCAGAGCUUAGCGCACUUCGUCGAGAAGUUUUCUUAGGUGGUUUCUCAGAGAGGGAAACGCUCAGGCCAUAAAUGUGUGUACGGUGCACCGCAGUCUUAUGACGGUUUCAUUUAACAAAAUACGUGUGUGGAAUCAUUUGACACAUUGUCCAUUAAAACAGCUUAA